UCGGCUGCCGGCUGGGCACCUGCGUGCGCGCCGCGCAGGAAGCCGCUGGCCCGGUCGGCGCCCGGGUCCCGCACCAUGGCCUUCACCUUCGCAGCCUUCUGUUACAUGCUGGCCCUCGUGCUGUGCGCCGCUCUUAUUUUCUUCGCCAUCUGGCACAUCAUUGCCUUUGACGAGCUCAGGACGGACUUUAAGAGCCCCAUAGACCAGGGUAAUCCUGUUCAUGCGAGGGAGAGGCUGAGGAACAUCGAGCGCAUCUGCUUUCUUCUGCGCAAGCUGGUGCUGCCCGAGUACUCCAUCCACAGCCUCUUCUGCGUCAUGUUCCUGUGCGCACAGCAGUGGCUCACGCUCGGGCUGAACAUGCCGCUGCUCUUCUACCACUUCUGGAGGUACUUCCAUUGCCCGGCCGACAGCUCGGAGCUGGCCUAUGACCCGCCAGCGGUUAUGAACGCAGACACCUUGAGCUACUGCCAGAAGGAGGCCUGGUGCAAGCUGGCCUUCUACCUGCUCUCCUUCUUCUACUACCUGUACUGGCCACUCAGCCUCACAGGGCCCUGACAUGGCCAUGGCAUGAGCCCCCACCCUGCUGCAGCAGCAUGAUCUACACAUUGGUGAGCUCCUAAUUCCAGAGCGAACACCACAGAGAUGACGAGGAGGCGGAGGCCAAGGAGUCUGUUCCCGCUGGUGCCCGGAGGAGGGCCAGAGAGGGAUGUGGGAGAGGGCCCAGCAGGCUGAGAGGACCAGGACAGCACAGCAGCAGCCUGGGUCCCUGUGCCAGCUGCUGCCCCCAUGUGUCAGUCUGCACUCACGUCCCACGUGCAGGUUGUGUGGCCCUGGAAGUAGGUGACAAACACUGAACUCCACGGAGCCACCGGUGCUGCUUUCUGAAUCUGCCCUGUUGCUGUGGAGCGCCUGGCUCUGGGAGCAAGUUGGAGGCUGGAAGGUGUCUGCCAAAGACAGGAGCCAGUCGGGGCUGCACCCUCAGGCCAUGGACGUGGGGUUCAUGGAGGGCCCCUGGGGGCACUCCAGUUCCUCCCCAGCAGCCUGGCUCCCCACAGGGCUGGGAUGUGGU